AAUUCUCAUUGUAUCGAGACCUGUAACCACAUAAUAAGACAACUAAAGAUGACAAUCCUGUAAAAUGCGCAGGACGAGAGUGGAUCAGUCGUGAACAUGGCGUUGAACAGUGCGCAUGCAGGGAAAGGCGUUCUUAUUUACGCUGGAGAAUGCAUCAUCCUCUUCUGCGACCAUGUGGCGAUGGAGUUUGGGGGCAACCUUCCCCCCGAGAUGAAGGGCACCAAGACCGGCCGGCUGUACCUCACCACCCACCGCAUCAUCUUCAACAACAAGGACGGCAAGGACAGGCUCCAGUCGUUCGCGUCGCCCUUCUUUUCGCUCAAGGGAGUUGAGUUGGAGCAGCCGGUGUUCGGAGCCAACUACAUCAAAGGGACAGUGCAGCCGCAACCCCAUGGAGGCUGGACAGGGGAGGCGAAGUUCAAGCUCACCUUCAAGCAUGGGGGAGCCAUUGAAUUUGGCCAGGCCAUGCUCAAGGUCGCCUCUCUUGCCACUCGCAACAUGGACUCCAGCUUCCGAGAUGCCCCACCGCCUUACACCCCCCCGUCAGCCCCAUGGGCACAGGCUCCUCCCCCAGCUUAUGCCCCACCCACAGGAGGCUAUGCAGGGUGGGUGCCUCCCACCGCCACCUUUCCCGAUCGACCACCAGCGGAUGGUGUUUUCAUGUACGAGGCCCCCCCUCCCUACCCUGGGUUGAGUGGUCACAAUGGUUACAAUGGGGCUAUUGGAUUCACUACUUCAGCUGCAGAUGCCAAGGCCCAGGAAGCAGCGCAGAGUGCUUACUACGACCCUAACAACCCACAGUAUGCUUAUGUGCCACCGCCUGCAUACUCGGAGUCACCCCCCUCGUACGACGCAGCGACCAAGAAGUCCCAAUGAAGCAGCACACUACUGCUUCUCUCCUCCCCAACCCCCUUUCCUCCAGAUCCCCCCCCCCCCCCCACCACCACCACGUCACACUGGCAUCAUGGCACGGUCAUGAAAUUGCGACCUGAAACCACUCUUCUCUUGUUGACAUAGCAUGCUUGGAAUUCAAAGGUUUUACUGUUGGUUUAGGGUUUGUAUUGCAAUUUUUUAUUUUUUUAUUUAUUGAUUAGCAUUUUAUUCACUAAAGUCGAAUGCAGUUAUGGUUAUUGUCUUUUUUUUUUUCUACAUUGUCAUUACUAUCAUUUUCAAUUAUUGUUUAUGGAGUCAGGUUUAUGGAGUGGGGUAAGUUGGAGGGGGCUGAGUUGCUCCUCCUCCCUCUGUAUAUUAUCCACCUGUAGAGUUGCAUCUUUGGCAUGUUUCUGUAUUUAAAGCCCAGAUGAAAUUUGUUCACCUGGUUGUUCACAAUAAUCAGAAAAGAAGAAGGUAUUGCAAAGAUUGUGUGUGGUUGAAAUAGGUUGUAAUUGGUAUGGAGUAUUAGCAUUAUGGUUGUGGUGUUCAUCUGGGAUAAAGUAUUGUACAAGGUUGUUGACUGUGGAUGGCUCCAGUUGAGAAGUGUGCAGAAGUCGAGAAAUGUAAAGGUCUGAUGUAGAGAAGUCUUCAAUUUUACCAUUGUAUAGAGAAGUUUAUCAAAAUGUUAUGAGAGAUAUAUAUAGAUUUAUCAUACAUAUUACAUUAGGAAUUAUUUAGUGAUGACAAGUGCAAAGCCAGAUGGUUAUCAUCUUGAUGUAUCAAGCCUUAGAAAAGAAAAUUUAAAAGAUUGAAGAAUACAAACUUUUUUUUUUUUUUUUACAAGCAUAUUUCACUUUGAGGUGAAAUUUAAUCUUCCAUUAACCAUUUGGAUUUAGCAGGGUGUUCUGAUGCUCAGCUAGCCCUAAAUUAAAAUCAGCUUGUUUGAGAAAUCAUGAAAAUGUCAUACAGGGGGGAGAUUACCUUGAGAAUGUACUAAGAGGUUCACAAAUAAUCAAGUAGUAUGAAAAGUCAUAAAGAAUAAGAAGCAUUAGAUACAAUGCUUAGGUUAGGAAAACUUGCAUUCCCUGUGUAUCAUUCAUUUUCCCAUGAUCCAAUCAUAAUCACGGACAUGUAGGGGACGGCAUGCAUAUUAUUUAGAAACUGCACAUGUGUUUAGAGUGCUGUGGACAUCAGCAUUCACAUAUACAUGCAUUGGUCCUUCCAGAUUAUGUUUGGUGGUUGAGAUCAUAGAAAAUUGGUUCUCACUUUCAUAUUAUAAUCCCUCUUUUUUUGUAAUUAAUCUGUGUAGGUUAUUUAACAUGGUACCUGUGCAUGGUUCUUCCUUGUUUUGUGGUUGUUGACACGCAUUUAGACAGAGGAAGGUCAGAUAGCUCUGUUGUUGUUUUUUUUUUUUUGAGUUCUAGGAUGCAUCACGCAUAGUAAGAAACGAGCAUGGUUGUAUAUUAUAGCAGGUGCUGUAAUCGGGUUGAAUUUUAAACCUUUUUGUUCUUCCUUUCCAAGCAAUUUUCUCACGCAAUUCUACAGAGGUGUUACUUAAUGGACAGAUCCUUUAUUAACCAUCAUUGUUCUUGCUUAGGAGUCUGUGUUAAUAUGCUGUGGGUUAAGAAAAUGUCACAUGGCAGUUGCAGGCAUUUUCAACUUAUUUUUCUUUCUUUCCUUGCCCUUUGUUAUUUAUUAUCUUUUUGCAUAGUAUCCAAUCUCUUGUUUUGUGUCUUUAUCAUCAUCUGCAGUUUUCAAAUAAAAAGGUUGUUUGUGAAAAAGGUUCAAGAUUGGAUUUAUUUUUUUUUUUUUUUUUUUUUUUCCUUUUAUUCCCUAAAAUAAUGUCAGGGAUUCCAUGUGAUAAUGUAGAGCCCUAAGAGCCACUUUUUAAGUUUAAUAAGAAAAGAGUAGAGGAAAUGCCCAUAUUGCAUCACUCAAAAUUCUGUUAGUCAUUGUAUUUUCAUUAUUUAUAUAUAUAUUGUAAAAAAAAGAAGAGAUUUACGUAUAAAUCAUUGGUAAAGUAUUUUUCUCAGUGUUUUGAGAGGACUUAAUGGAUCCAAUUUUUGCCUAUUUCGAAGCUUUUAUUUUUUUCCUGUUUACAAAAACGGUGAUGACAAAAGUGGCAGUUCAUGCAGUUUAGUAUCUAUAUUAUAUCUUAUUCCCUCUUUUCUUUCUCUUUGAUUACUCUUUUUCUGCCUUUGAUAAGUCUUAGAUGUAACGUUUUGUUGUGAAUGGAAUACCAAAAUUAUAAUUAUUCUUGUGUACUGGGUAGGUAGUGGAAUUUUAUUUUAUGAUUAAAAAUCAUGUAUAUUUUCUGAUUCAUACAUAUAUAUAUAUGUAUAUCCAAUAAAUGUAUAAUAACCA